AUGAAGUUCAUUCUCCCAGCCCUUACCAUUUUCGCCUCUCUGGCCGUUGCAAAGAAUUGUCAAGAGGGCCUUGACUACUGUUCUUUCACCCUCAUGGGUAAAGGCGACUACCACCAGCAGAUUCUGAAGGCUAUCGACGAAUAUGGUACCGAUCCUAAGACGGUUAACUAUGAUUACUUCCUCUACCACUGCGACGGCGGCAGCAACGGGUCUAUUCACGUGAAAGACACAUGUUCUAAGGGAUGUCAUGACGGUGGUGACAACAAGUCCGACUCCCUUAUCAGUAUACUCUCCGCUGUUAUGGUAACUAUGAUCGCCCUCGGCAUACAAGACAACGGUGUCCCUGUCAAGCCAUUUGUUGAGACCAACCUCGUGACUGGGUUUAUGGCAACUUGCAACAUUGCUUUCUCAUAUGGUACCUAG